AUGCGUGAGAGAAUCACCCUCGUCCACCGCCCGGAAUCGGGUAUCGACCCCGACGCCCUCACCCUCGACAAGUCAGGUCUGAAGGCGCCAUCAUCGAUCGAGGCCGUGCGCGAGGACAGGCUCACCGUCACCCUGGAUACCUUGACGCACGAGCUCGCGCAGCUCCUGCAGGACUUUGACGUGCUGCGUGUGCGGUGGGCUAGCCCGGUUCGGCAUCAGACCCUGGAACCCUUCUCGUCGAGGCUGUCACCUGGGUUGCACGUGUCGUAUACACCGUCCAGCAGUGAGACUCCUCAUGACCCGUCACGACUAUGCGCCUUCCUGCGAGCUCUAGGUCCACUGGACUGCAUGUCCCACGAGGCAUUCACCAUCUCCGGAAGUCCUGAUAAACCAGAUUACUACUUCUACCAGCCCAUGCUAGACAUCGAGGCCAUAUCACGCGCCUUCGAGACGGAUCUCUGCCGUGGCCACGAGUCGUGCCGGACGCGGGCCGGAGAGCUCAAGACGGCCGCAUCUGUCGACUUCACCUUUGACAAGGGCACCGAGGUGUCCAAGCUCAGUGCCCUGUGGCCUCUGAGCGAGCAGCAGGUUGACUUUGUCGCGGACCCGUCGCACAGGGUAGAAGUCGGCAUCCUGACACGGGGUGAGCCCCCCAGCCUGGGCCGGCACGACGUGGGCAUGUCCGGGCUGCUGGCUGUGCUGGGGGAGCGCAAGACGCCGUCGCCUACGCUGUUCAAGUUCGCAUCGAGGCACCGGACUGCGGCAGCGCACUUCACCUCGCGGUUCCUGGCCCCGACGGGGCUGCACCCUACGCUGCAGAUCAGCCUGGACGGGGCCGGCGGCGGUCGACCUCCCUCGUCGUCGUCGUCGGAGGAGGACGGGGACGGGGACGGGGACGGGGACGGCGCGUGUAAGCCGUACGCCUUUCUUACGCUUCCCAAGACCAUCUUCGCAGACAGGUACCAGCUCGACGACCAGCUCUUCCUGGCAUCCAAGAACCUCACUGCCGCGCGGCACAUGAGCCACCCCGUCGACCUCGAGGCCCCCGCAUACACCACGACCACGUGGGGGUCCAACCUGCUCGUUGAGAUGGCUGCCCCCGGAAGCGACGGGUGGACGGUCGAGGUGCCCCUGCACCUACGGUACCUCGAGCCCUCGGCGACGGGCGAGAGGGAUGUCGCCGUGCCGUACCCCGUCGUGUUCUGGGCAUGCGAGCGAGCCGCGGAGGGGACCGCGCUGGCCGACAACCCCUUUGACAGGACUGGUCUGGGGUACGACCAGCUGUUCAGCCCGGACACGGUCUUUUGGCAUGUCGAGCCGAGGCCCGCACACGGCGCGGCCACCGCCGACAUUGUGAAUCACAUCGCUGUGCCGGUGCUGAGGGAGGAGGCUGCGUCGUGGGUCGGCGCGGGCACGGCAGCGGUGGUGUCGUUGGGUUUCGCUUGGGUGCUGUGGAAGCUGGCCACGCUGUAUGCCAGUGUCGGAUACAAGGCUGGUGCGGGAGACGACAAGAAGAGGCAGUAG